UCUGAGAAGAGACCAUAUUUGUGCCUGGAGGAAGCUGCUGCCUCCCGGGCUCUGGCCACCGCAGAGAAGAGGGCGCUCCAGGGGUGCGGGGGCAGGGCACGGGCUCAGGAGCGCGGGGGGCCUCUGCCGGCCACCGAGCCUCCCAGGACGGCCACCAUGGCCCUGAGGAACGUGCCCUUCCGCUCCGAGGUCCUGGCCUGGGACCCCGACAGCCUGGCCGACUAUUUCAGGAAGCUCAACUACAAGGACUGCGAGAAGGCGGUGAAGAAGUACCACAUCGACGGCGCGCGGUUUUUGGUGGCCAGCCAGUCCCCGCUGAAAGGCCCAGACCCUGCGGCUUCUCCCUGGAAGGCCUGGGUGCCCUGGAUCUCGGAGUCCAAGAGCCAGGAGGAGGAGGAUGGCGGCUGGUCGUCUUUCGAAGAUGACUACGAGAGCCCCGACGAGGGCGACGAGGAGGACGGGGACCAGGGCGACUACGAGUCCCCGACGGAGGCGGAGGAGGUGCCUGCCGACGAGGCGGACUACGAGCCCCCACCCUCCCACGACGAGGGGGCCCUGCAGGGCGCCAUCCUGCCCGCCCCGCCCCUGGCCAGCUCGGGCUCCAUGUACAUCGACCGCCCCCCCGCCGGGAAGGCCCCCCAGCAGCCCCCCGCACUGCCCCAGAGGUCGACAGCCGCCCCCCCUCCACCUCCCGCCAGCCGGGGUCACAUGCCCCUCCCCAUGCCCCAGGCCAACCAUGAAGAACCUACCCGGGGACAAAACCACAAGCCGACCAAACUGCCAGCCCCGUCCAUAGACAGGAGCACGAAGCCACCCCUGGACCGCUCGCUGGCCCUGCCGGACAGGGAGACCUUCAUGCCAGGGAAGAAGCCAGCCUUUGCUGACAAGCCCGCGGCCCUGGCAGGAGGAAGGGUGCCCGGGGAGCAUCUGCCCAAGAUUCAGAAGGUGCCGGAGCGAGCCGUGCCCCUGGCCGGGAGGAAGCCGCCAGUGCCCAAGCACGGAUGGGUACCGGAGAGAAGAGAGAAUGAUGAAGAUGACGUACAUAAGAGACCUCUGCCUCAGCCGGCGCCACUCCCACUGAGUUCCAGCACUUUCCACUCAAGGCCCGCCAAGCCAAGUCCCAAGCCCCCGCUCCCUGCGUCCCACAGCCCCGGACCCUUCAACGAAAGCAGCAGCUUCCCGCACAGCGCCUCCCUGCCGUCAUACCUCUCCCAAGGGCUUAGCAACAGACCCCCUCCCCGAGCAGAAGGGAGAAACUUCUCCUUGCCGGUCCCCAGCAAGCCGCAGCCGCUGUCCCCUGGAGCAGAGAAUUCCUUAGAGGAAGAGUGGUACGUUUCUUAUAUCACCCGGCCAGAGGCAGAGGCUGCGCUUAGGAAGAUAAACCAGGACGGCACUUUUCUGGUUAGAGACAGCUCUAGAAAAACAGCCACCAACCCGUACGUGCUCAUGGUGCUUUACAAAGACAAGGUGUACAAUAUCCAGAUCCGCUACCAGGAGGACAGUGGGGCGUACUUGCUGGGAACUGGCCUCCGAGGGAAAGAGGACUUCCUCUCUGUGUCACACAUCAUCGAUUACUUCCGGAAGAUGCCGCUCCUGCUCAUCGAUGGCAAGAACCGAGGCUCCAGAUACCAGUGCACACUGACACACGCUGCGGGGUACCGCUAGCCAGCCAGCCCUGCAGACAAGCUUUCCUCUUGCUCGUGAUUGGACGAACACUUGGGACUGAAAUGACCCUCAACACGUGAACUCAAGAGGUGUCUUAUUUUCCAUUUCCAUAAAAUGUUUGAAGACUG